AUAGCAAGGCGCGCACACACCCAAAAAAAAAAACCGAGUAACCAAGCAAGAUCAGGCAAAGCGAGGAAGGAGGCAAAGCAAACGCACCACAUGCCCCACCUCGCCACCUCCCUCACUUCCUCCGCCGCCGCCGUCCCCGCCGCCCACCCCACGGGCGCCGUCCGCGUCGCGUUCCGGCGCCUGUGUCCCUCCCCCCACCCUCUUCCGGCGCCACCGCGCCUGCGCCUGCGCGCGCGGGGCGUCCGACGGGAGGAUGGCGGCGGCGUGCGCACGGAGGAGCAGGAGCAGCAGACGCCGCGGACGUUCUACGACCUGCUGGGGAUCUCGUCUGAGGGGAGCCCCGAUGAGGUCCGCGCCGCGUACCGGCGGAUGGCGCUCAAGUACCACCCGGACGUGUCCCCGCCGGGCGCCGCGGCGGAGAACACGCGCCGCUUCAUCGAGGUGCAGGAGGCCUACGAGACGCUCUCCGACCCGAGCCGCCGCGCCAGAUACGACCGCGCCCUCGCACGCGGCAUCUGCCGCCUCGCCUUCUCCGCGUCCCGGUCCGGCCGCGCCUACCACCACCAGGAGCAGGAAGAUAAAUCUGGCUGGAGAAGAUCUUGGGAAAACCAAGUUGCGGAGCUGAAGAGGAGGAGCAUGACAAAAGAUUCUGAAGAGAACCUAUCCUGGGGAGCUCGGAUGCGGAAAAGAAGAGCUGAGUCAUCAUCGGCCGAAUAAUUGUGAUAGCCACCCUUCCAAACGCAAUAAUACUCCUGUUUAGCACCUGAACCAAAACCGACAAUAGUUUUGGGUAGGCACAAUUAGAAAAGUGUGUCUUGCAAGGUAUCAAGUUGUGUAUUCAGGAUAGACAUCCGGAAAACCUGCAACAACGCUAUAUCAGAAAUGCUUAGCAAGUAGUAAUAUAGCAGUAGUAGCUGUAGUGACUGCAUCUGUCAGGAUCGAAAAAUGGCAGCAUCCGGGGUGUGGCUGCUGAGAGCUGACCAAAAACCGUGGCCCUGGUGUAUAUAAUUGAGUCUCUGGUUUGUCUGGCUGCAUCUGUCAGGAUCGAAACUACGUUCUUUUUCUCGAGUCCUAUCUGGUCCAAUGUAAAUAGUACGAACCGAAGAAAUAAGCAAGCUAAACUUAUUUCCAGCUU